AUGAUCUACAAAUCCUCAUAUCCCGAUGUUCCAUUAAGUGUCGAACCUGUUCACGAAACAAUUCUCACGAGUGUUCGUGAUGUCGCCAAAAGGCAACCAAAUAAGCCAGCAUUUAUCAAUGCUUUUGAUCGAUCCGAAUCCAUUUCAUAUUCUCAACUUCUCACCGUUAUCGACUCGAUUGUAACUUUUUUGCAUCAAAGGGAUUUCACCAAACAAACGGCAGCCGUUGUGAUGUCGAAUUGUUGGCAAUGGGCGGCUUUUUAUUUGGCUGUAAUGAAAAGAGGUGGAGCUGCAUCGGGAGCGAGCGCACUUUUCACGGAUUAUGAAUUGGAGAGACAAUUCAUGGAUUCUCGUGCUUCACUUGUGAUCACACAAGAAGAAACUCUCGACAAAGUGAUGAUUGCCGCUGCGAAAUGUCCUCUCAUUAAGACAAUAAUUGUUGUUCGAAAGAAAGGAUCCACAAAAGCCCUUCCAGCAAAUAUAUUUACAUGGGAUUUUGUGGUGAACACUCCUGCACAAAGCUGUCUCAAAGAUGUUGUUGUCGAUUUGGAUAAAGACAUCAUGCUAUUACCGUAUUCGAGUGGAACAACGGGAUCACCGAAAGGAGUCAUGAUUUCACAUCGAAAUUUUGGCACAAUGCUUCAAAUCUAUGCAAUUCACAACCGUACUCGUCUCAUGACGGUUCUCGAUCCAAAAUGGGACGAUGAGAAAGAGAAUUACAAUCUUUUUCUCCCAUUUUAUCACAUUUUUGGUUUUGCAAUCAUGGUGUCGACUCUUUAUUAUAAAGCGACCGGUAUCAUUCAUUCACAUUUUGAUCCCGACGUUUUCUGUAAAGCUAUUCAAGAUUUUAAGAUUCGUUCAAUUUCUCUUGUUCCUCCAAUUUUGGUUUUCAUGGGAAAGCAUCCGACUGCUGGGAAAUACGAUCUUUCGUCUUUGAAAAUGAUUCUAUCAGGCGCUGCUCCGGCGGGAAAAGAUAUUUGUGAAGAGGUGCAAAGACGAUUUCCCCAUGUCAAAUAUAUUGUUCAAGGUUACGGUAUGACGGAAAUCUCGCUCGCUUCUCAUUUUCCCGAUUUGACGAAAAAGCAGAAAUUCGGCGCAACUGGACAUCUCACUGCAAAUAAUGAAAUGAAGAUUGUUGAUCCAGUAACGGGCAAGAUUUGCAACACCGGUGAACGAGGCGAACUUUUGAUCAAGGGACCCACAGUGAUGAUGGGAUAUCUCGGAAGGGAACAGGCAACGAAAGAAACCAUUCAAAAUGGAUGGCUGCAUACAGGGGAUAUCGGUUAUGUGGAUGAAGAGGGAAAUCUCUAUAUUGUUGAUCGUUUGAAAGAGCUUAUUAAGGUUAAAGGAUUACAGGUUCCACCAGCUGAACUCGAAGAUCUUCUCCUAUCUCAUCCGAAGAUUCGUGAUUGUGCUGUGAUUGGAAUCCCGGAUAAGCGAUCAGGAGAACUACCAAGAGCAUAUGUUGUGAGAGAUGAUGAGACACUCACUCAACAGGAUGUCGCCGAUUUUGUGAAAGAUCGUGUUUCUUCUUAUAAACAAUUGAAAGGCGGAGUUGAAUUCAUCGAUGAAAUCCCAAAAUCGGCUGCAGGCAAAAUUCUUCGUCGUUUCCUCAGGGAUCGAGCUGCAAACAAGUCGAAAAUA